GUAGUGUGCUUGGCCUUGGGGGUUUAAAUCUGAGUUAAAUGAGUCCUAUAGCUGUCCUCAUCUCUCUUUCUGACUUAAUCUGCCCUGGCUUUAUGUGGCCUAUUUCUAGACUGUCAAACAUUUGAGGACUUCAAGGAAGAAACAAGUACUUUUUUUUCUUCAGUUAAUCUCUCUUUGACUCUUCUGUUUUGCUGGGCCUAGUUCAUUGUGAGCUCAGUGGUUGUGACUCUCUUGUAUGUGUGCCUGAAGGACUGACGAUUUGAGGAGAGUACUGAGGACAACUUGGCAGCUUUACAGGAAUAUGACUGAACAUAAACGGCAACACCUCCCACCAUUGGCAUUCCUGCCUCUUCUGAAGAUGUUGAAACCAUGUAUUGCUACCACUGUAUCAUCAAAGGUUUUUUUGAUUGACUGACUGAAUAAAGACGCCAUCAAGAUGCUGCGAGAAGUGGGAUCCAAUAUUAUGGUGUUUUAUGAGUAUGUAUUGCAGAGAACAGACCACCGGUUGUUGCACUACCCGUUGAUGCGGACCCCCUUCCAGAUGACCAGCAUCCUGAUGGGCUAUGUGUUCUUCUCGCUGUACGCCGGGCCUCUGCUGAUGGCCAACCGCAAGCCCUAUAACCUCAAAACAGCCAUGAUCAUCUAUAACUUCAGCAUGGUGUCCCUAAAUACCUUCCUAGUCUAUGAGUUCCUGAUGUCAGGAUGGGCAACCACUUUUACCUGGAGAUGUGACCUGUGUGACUACUCAAGCAACCCACAGGCUCUAAGGAUGGUUCAAGUGGCCUGGUGGUUUUUGUUCUCUAAAUUCACCGAGCUUCUGGACACCUUUUUCUUUGUGCUGCGUAAGAAACACAGCCAGAUCACAUUUCUACAUGUCUUCCAUCACUCCUUCAUGCCCUUCACGUGGUGGUGGGGAAUUACCAUUGCUCCUGCAGGGGGAAUGAGCUCGUUCCAUGCCAUGGUCAACUGCUGUGUCCACAUCAUCAUGUACACCUACUACGGCCUGUCCGCUGCCGGACCUCGCUUCCAAAAAUACCUCUGGUGGAAGAAGUACAUGACCGCAAUCCAGCUGAUCCAGUUUGUACUGAUCUCACUUCACAUCUCUCAGUACUACUUCAUGGAGAAGUGUGACUUUCAGGUGCCCAUGUUCAUUCACCUUAUAUGGAUGUACGGCACCUUCUUCUUCCUACUCUUCUCCAACUUCUGGAUUCAGGCCUACGUGAAGGGGAAACGGCUGCCUACGGCAACCAUGGAGAAGCUAAAGCAGAAUGGCGUUAUCAACGGCGACGUUACCGUGGUCAUCAACAGCAAGCCGCUGGAGAAUAGCAACGGGAUAACAGCACAUCGUGUCAACGGCCAUAACCAACUAGGCAAAGUGAAGGAAGUCUAGUUUCGUCCUUUUGGAAGGGGAAACAUAACUGUCUGAAGGAGCCUGCAAUGCCAAAGAUUCCAAAAAAGUAUACUUAGCUACUGAUCACUUUCCUCAAAUGUAUAUUUUUAUAUUUAUCUGCAGUUCGUGGGAUAUGAAUGGCGUUAUGAAUUUGGCAGUUAGUCCCUACUUGCCACACUUUGUUAAAUUGUGGGUGGUUGAGGGAACAUGGUGUGAUUUAACUGCACAUCACCCUGUAUGAAGGUGUGUCAGUCACUAAUACCUCAAACCCAGGCUUGAAACGGCCAAUGAUAGUCCACCCAUGGACUCUUCUGGUUGGUUGACUGAAACACACUUGUAAAUAGUGUAGUUACUUUCAAAGAGGUGGUGUUUGUCACUGACCAACUUUUUUUUGCUGCUGUUUGUAUAUUUAACUUUUUGAAAUAAAACCAAUUAAGGCCGA